CCACUUUGUGAGCAUUGGUAUGCCCAGCUAACCCAAAAAAUUGUUUCCUCGUUGUUCCCCGUCAUCCGUGCAGAAGUUGCUGUAAUAUUUAUGACAGGAAAUAGUACAGUUUUUGUAUAAUGUCACAUUUUGCCUUAAGAAAAACUUUAAAUUAUAAUCGCUCCAGGGUUCAAAAGAGAUUCACGUUAUUAUUUAUUCUACAACAAACCAGAGAGCAAUCGACUAAAGAGUGUCCUAAAAAUGCUGAAGAUUAUGAAUACAUACAGAAAAGUAAGGUGCCCACAAUGCAUUUCCAGGCAUCAUUGCCUCGACUUCCUAUUCCAAAAUUGGAAGACUCUUGCCGCAAAUACCUGGACGCACAAAAGCCUUUACUCAAUGAGGAACAAUUUGCAUUCACGAAGACUUGCGUAAAUCAAUUUUUAGAAAGCGAGGGACAACCGCUCCACAAAGAGUUGUUAAGCAUUGAUAAGAAAAAUAGACAUACUAGCUAUAUAAGCGAGUAUUGGUUCGAUAUGUACCUUAGAGACCGGCAGCCUUUGCCAAUUAAUUACAAUCCAAUGCUAGUAUAUAGUCAGGAAACUGAUAAACGUUAUAACGAUCAGCUAGUCAAGGCCACAAAUCUGGUCGUUUCCUCUAUUAGAUUCUUGAAGUCGCUCCGGGCAGGAAUUUUGGAACCCGAAGUCUUCCACUUAAAUCCUAAGAAAUCAAACACCGAAUUCUUUAGAACCUUUACGGGAAUGUUGCCUUCCUGGCUUGCCUGGUAUGGAGCUUUUCUUCUCAAGGCUUAUCCACUUGACAUGUCCCAGUAUGCAAAUCUCUUUAACUCUACAAGAAUCCCAGAGCAGGGAAAAGAUAGAAUCAGUCUGGAUAAGUCAGCCCGUCACAUGGUCGUCAUGCGAGGCGGACACUUCUAUGCGUUUGACAUUCUAAACCAAGAUGGUACAAUAAUCUCUCCAAAGAAAGUAGCAGCCAAUCUGAACUUUAUUCUUCAAAGCAAGACGUCGGAAUCUGAAAGCCCAGUUGGAAUUUUGACUGGAGCGGAAAGAAACCAAUGGGCAGAAGCAAGGGCACAUCUUUCGAAAAUAGGAAACGAGGAGAUCCUCAAGAAAAUCGAUUCGGCUGCUUUUGUUUUAGUGUUGGAUGACCAAUCAAUUGGAGACGAGACAAAUGACGAAGAUUACCGAAAAAUGGUCAGGCAUUUUCUUCAUGGCGAUGGUAUAAACAGAUGGUUUGACAAAUCCUUUUCCCUGAUUAUCACUAAAGAUGGAUUCGCUGGACUUAACUUUGAACAUUCUUGGGGCGAUGGAGUCGCUAUCUUGAGAUAUUUUCAGGACGUGAAAGCUGAUAUUACUAAGAAUCCAUGGUUCCGACCAGAAGACAGGGUGUUGAUUUCGAACGUAAAUCCGCAAGUCGAAUCUUUAAAGUUUAAUUUGGACGGUAAAAUGAAAGAAAUAAUUCAGACUGAGCAGGAGAAGUACAGGAAGUGGGUAGAUUCUCUGAGUAUUGCCCAUAUGAUUUACGAAGGAUUUGGAAAAGAGGAGUGUAAAAAAUUCGGAGUUAGUCCUGAUGCUAUAAUGCAGUUGGCUUUCCAACUUGCUUUGUACAAACAGGAGGGACGUUCAGUAGCAACAUAUGAAUCUUGCAGUACCUCUGCUUUUAAACAUGGAAGAACUGAAACAAUCAGACCGUGCACAGAAUAUACGAAGGCUGUUUGCGCUACAAUGGUUAACAAAGAUUCUGGAAUUUCCGCAGCCGAGUUAAAAAAGAUGAUUGUGGAUUGCAGUAAAGCGCAUACUGAACUCGUCAAAAAUGCUGCUAUGGGUCAGGGUUUCGACAGACAUCUUUUCGCCCUGAAAAAGAUGCAAGAAAAAUUAGGAAAGAAAACCUCGCUUUUUGAGGAUCCAGCUUACACAGCAAUCAAUCAGAAUAUUUUGUCAACCUCAACAUUAUCUGCUCCGAUUGUGAUAGCUGGUGGAUUUGGACCAGUGGUGCCAGAUGGAUUUGGAAUUGCAUACAUGAUUCAGGACAAAAGACUUGGUGCUGUCGUGACUAGUUAUUCAAAGCAUCGCAGUGCGAAUGAUUACGUAAAAAAUCUGCAGGCUGCCUUUGAAGAUAUUCAUAAAGUGAUGGCGACGCCAUAAAAAGUGAUGAUUUGAUCAUAUUGAUCUACUACUUUAAUCAUUGUUAAUCUGCCAAUUUUGUAAAUUUGUAGCUAAACUUUAGCUGUUUCUAUUUGAUAUUGUACAUGCAGAGUAUUUUUUCACAGUGAAAUUCGAUUGUAUAUUUUUGUUAUACUUUUUAUACGCGGCUAUAUAUUCUUUAUAGUUGUUAUACAUAAUUAUGUAUACAUUUGGAAUAAAUAUUUACGGAGAAU